AGUAAAAGGGAAGUGAGUUGCCUAUAUAACUUCCUGCAGAGACUGAUCACCAGAAUGCACAUACACACUUGUCACUGACAGAUGUUUCCAGUACAAAUGCAGAUACCCCUUCUAUCUGGUGGUUCAAAUGGCAGUCUGUUCCCAGGUCGUUCACUUUAAUGCAUCCUCUUGCUUGUGUCAGACGUUCACCACAUAUCUGGUACUGCCCAUUCUUUACAGUGCCAUGUUCCUUGCAGGCCUGUUUGGAAAUAUCCUGUCUAUUUGGGUAUUCAUUACAAAGAUUUCCAUUAAAACCCCCACUCACAUAUACCUCAUCAACCUGGGGGUCUCAAAUCUGAUACUAUGCCUCACCAUGCCAUUCAAUGCACUCUACUACGCUCUUAGCACCAGCUGGUCUUCAUCCAGUCUGAAGUGUCAGUUAGCCAUAAAUGUCCUGACUCCAGUUCUUCACUCCAACAUCGAAGGAAGCAUGCUCAUUCUCACUUGGCUGGCAUUAACUCGCUUUGCUACACUUAUCCAGCAUAACUAUGGUCAUCGCCCAAGCAGGUGCACCAAAUUCUUGCCUGGGAUCUUCUUAACAAGGCUGCAGCAAACUCCAUUUGCAAUAGGCAUGUGUGUAGGAACUUGGGCCUUUGUGCUGAUGGCGAUUGUUCCCACAGUGGUGGUUUAUGCUACGGUGGAGACAGACAGAGUGGAAAAUAGCAGCGAGCAGCCGUGCUACAGUGUGCCAGUAGAGGUUGGUGGCUCUGGCUCUCAAGCAUUUGCCAUUGUAGGAAUCACAAUUUUCUUCCUCUGCCUGGUUUUGGUGAUGAGUGCCUACAUAGCUGUGAUCAGGCACAUCAACAGGACAAAAACUCACAGGAUCAUCCCUGACACACAGAGGGUCUUGUCAAGAGUGUGCCGCAACAUUUUGGUCAUCCAGAUUGUGCUGGUCAUUUGUUUCCUUCCACACCACACCUAUAAGGCUGUUUUCAUUGCCAUGGUUCAGAAUGAUCAGUCUGGAGACCUUCUAAUGGAAUGCCAUCAUUUUUCAACACACAUAGAGGUUAAGAAUCUUCUCCUCAGUCUGGCAGUUCUACGCUGCAGUACAGACCCCAUCAUUUACUUCCUGCUGGACAAGAUGUUUAAGCGGUAUAUAUGUGGUUUGUUUCGAGAAAGUGUUAGCAUAAGAGACAGCCAAUUGUCCAGGACUAUGAAUGAAUUAGGACAGCUUACGCAGUGUGACAGUGGUAUUUUAAAAGGUAUUCUAAAACAUGAGGCAGCUUCACAUUCAAAAGACUCAAACUUUGGACCAUCAGUUCCAUCAUGACCCGAAGUGAAACGCUAAAACACGCAUUGUAUUGGAGAUGAGUAAUGGAUUUUUGCAUCAUGUUGUACUGCAAAGGAAAACCUACGCUGAAUUAAUAUUGUGAAGAUUAAAAAUGCAUUCAGGUCGAAAUCUUUUAAAGAGCAUUAAAUGCAAUGUAGGCAAGAUGAAGUACUGUAAAAGACAAAAUGUAUGCAUUCAUUCUAGCUAAUAAAUACAAUACAUACAAAUAAAUAAGCACUUUUCCCCUGGUUGAUUUCUGACAUUCAGACACUCUGUAUAUGAUCAUUAUGUACCAUAUAUCAUUAUAUACCAUAUAUAUAUGCAGUGUGGGUUAUUAAUGUAGAGAAUAGACAGUGUGUGUUGGAGGGGCUUAAAAUAGCAUGAAAGAAAACUGCCAGAAG